AUGAAGAAGAAGACUGUGUUGGCCUUGCUUGGGGUUGUCCUCGGGUACCUGGUGACAGGGGCAGUGGUCUUCCAGAUGCUUGAACAACCCUAUGAGGCUCAGCAACAAAAUCUUCUCAAUGAACACCGUAGAAAGUUCCUUGAGGAAAACAUGUGUGUGCAGGAGGAUAUUCUCGACAGCUUUGUACUGCAGGUGAAGGAAGCUUUGGGCUCUGGAGCUGAUAUUACAAUAAAUGGCACCAAUGUUACCACAAACUGGGACAUCGGGAGCUGCUUCUUCUUUGCAGGAACGGUCAUCACUACAAUCGGUUUUGGAAACAAUGCUCCUAAGACAGAAGGUGGCCGGAUAUUCUGUAUUUUCUAUGCACUUUUUGGCAUUCCUCUUUUUGGUAUCCUGUUGGCUGGAGUGGGCGACCAUUUAGGAUCAGCUCUUCGCAAAGGCAUCGGGAAGGUGGAAAUUAUAUUCUUGAAGUGGCGUGUCUCACCGACCAUUGUACGGGUUAUCUCAGCUGUACUCUUCAUCCUUGUUGGCUGUCUACUCUUCGUCCUUAUUCCCACCUUAGUCUUCCAAGAAAUCGAGGACUGGACCCUGCUAGAGGCCAUUUACUUUGUAGUUAUCACCCUUACCACAAUUGGCUUUGGUGACUAUGUGGCAGGUGAUAGUGCUGGAAAUGAGCACACCUGGUACAAGCCGCUGGUCUGGUUCUGGAUACUGCUUGGCCUUGCUUACUUUGCUUCUAUUCUGACAAUGAUAGGAAACUGGCUGAGAGUUCUGUCGCAAAAAACCCGAGCAGAGAUGGGUGGUCUAACUGCUCAAGCAGCACACUGGACAGCAAGUAUGACCGCUGAAAUGAAGCUUCCUCACAGAGGUCUAAGCAUUAACUUUCAAGAACGAAUGUUGCGACAGAAAGGUGGUUUACAAAAUUCAAAUGCAGACCCACAAGAUGACAAUGAGGUAGAAGUGGAGAUGGAAGACGAGGAUAAUGGACAAGGGGACAGAACAGAAGAUGAAGAUGAAAAUGAAGAGCCCCAAACACUUCCAACUUCAGUUCCUACCAUUGUACCACAGACACCACCACGUACUUCUUUCAGAGCAGAGGAUCCUGCAAGACAAAUCAUAGAGUGGGGAGAAAAUAUGGCUUUUAUUGAUGAAUCUUCAGAUACUCAGAGUGAGAAAGGCAUGGGAGAGGGGGAGAAAGAUGAAAAGAGGGAAAAGGGAAAAGUACAGAGAAUCAAGAGGAGGAAGAGGACAGGAGGAAAAGGUGGUAGAAGAGAGACCCUCCCAACUACAAGGAAUCGGGAUAAGGGAGAAAGUGGGUAG